UAACCGUCCCAGGACCGCGUACGUUGCCGCCGUGACAUUUUCGACGUCCGUUCCGUCGCGAGUAGAUCUCUGUCCCGCUCAUUGUACGUUCGUCCGCGAGACGGUCGCGCGAUAUCCUUCGAAACGCGUCAUGCUAUUCCGUUGGCCCUCGGUUUUUCAUUGCCAUUGGUUUUUGUUCGCCCCGUGGUACGAGGAGUGAGUUACAACAAACACAUUCGUACACCGUGUAUCGACGCGCGUCGACAGUGCCGACGACGGACGACCCGCGUGCGAUUCAGGCGAGACAAUAAGAAGAUCCUCCGCGGACCGCUGAUAAAUUCGGCGGAGCUUCGUCACCACGCCCUUGGCUGUCACCGUCACCCGUGCGACACGGCGCACGCACGCGCACAACAUACACUUAUACUCGGCGCGCAACCCGUUUGCAACGUAACGGAUAUGUCCACAUGACAUUAUUACGCGUGCACGGCGAACAACGGGUCCGUUCGAUUCGUCACCCGAUAAACGCGCGUACGCGACGUAUCGCACCGCGUGUAUAUUUACGACACCACACGUUACCGACGGACCGCAUUCGUGCUACACGCGUACGGACCGCGGGAACGUGCAACGCGCGCACGUGAUACAUUCGUGGGGUCGUCGUACCGUACCGGGCCAGUUUCCGUCCGGUCACCGGGAGAACUUAAAAACAAAAAAAAAACAGAUCCGCGCCGCCGUCGUCGUCUUCUUCGAGAAACGGUGCGAUCAGACCCGUAAGCAUUGGCGUCGUCCCGAACAUGUGACGCCGUAACGGACGGUGUAUCGCGACCCACACUACAGCCGCCGCCGCCGCCACAGCGGUCGGCAGCCAUGGUCGGCUGGUUCUUCAACAAACCCGUUGGCCGGCAGUACGUGGCCGCUUUCGUCGGUGAUAUAGAAAUUGAUCGGUGAAAACAAGUAUCGGUCAAAAUAUAAUUCGAUGUAAUCGGGUCUUACUGGAAAAGGGAAAGGUACACUUUUGGUGGAAACUUUUUACGCCUUUCAAAGAGGUGUUCAACGAACGGUGGUGGGUGCACCGUUCAAGCGGUACACUGAUGACGGACGGGGUAUACCAAGAAAGAAUGGUAACCGCGGUCGAUACCGAUUUCCGGUACACGUACACGGACGUAUAUGGGUGAUAUACUUCGCUAUCCGUGAUGAUGGCCGGCACGUCAAUGGGCUGGCCGUCGCCAGUGUUGGCCAAGUUGGCCAGCGGUCAGUUAACAAUGUCGGCGAGCAACGAGCAACAGUCGUGGAUGAUCGCACUGCUGGAGUUGGGCAACCUGCUGUCGCCCAUACCGUUCGGGCUGCUGGUGGACGUGCUGGGCCGGAAACCGUGUCUACUGAUGACCGGGCCGCUGUACAUCGUCAGCUGGCUGAUGGUGCUGUGCAGCAAUACGAUCAGCGUUCUGUACUGGGUGCGGCUACUGCAGGGCGCGUGCAUGGGCAUAAUCACGACGGUGGCGCCUGUAUACAUCGGCGAGAUAGCCGGCGACGGUAUCCGCGGCGCGCUCAGCACGUUCUUCAACGGGAUGCUGAACGCCGGUAUACUGUACGUGUACUGCAUCGGGCCGCUAGUCUCGUACGACAACCUCACGUAUUUUUCGAUGGUGGUACCGUGUCUGUUCCUGGCCACGUGCCUGUGGAUACCCGAAUCGCCGUACUACCACGUGUUGAAAAACGACGACAAAAAAGCGCUGGAGUCACUGACGUGGCUGCAGGGUGACGCGGAGUCGGCCAUCGUAGUGCGCGAGUUGAUGCACAUCAAAGCGGAGGUAAAGAAUGAGCUGCGGAACAAAGGGUCGAUGAGCGAUCUGUUCGGGUCCCGGUGUAGCCGCAAAGCGUUCCUGAUCGUGCAGAUCGUGGCCGCGGCCGACGUGCUAUCUGGCAUGACCACCGUGCUGGCAUACGCAUCGUCCACGUUCGCACACGCCGACACGAAGCAUACACUGUCCCCGGACCAGUUCACCAUGUUGCUGGGCGUGCUCAUAUUCUGCACCACGUUCAUCACCGGCUACCUGGUCGACAAAUUGGGCCGCCGUCCGCUGCUAUUAUUUUCAUGCUUCGGCUGUGGCGCGUUCGAACUCAUCACCGGCCUGUACUACUACAACCGGUGGUCCAACGUCGGCUCGCUGGGCGCCUGGAUACCGUUCACCGCCAUCGGGUCGUUCGCCGUCAUCUACAGCAUCGGUCUAGGGCCACUGCUGCCCACGCUCCAGGGCGAAAUGUUCCCGUCCAAUAUUCGUGGGCUGGCCAGCGCGUUCACAUCUGUCACGCUCACCGUCAUAUCGUUCGUCGGGCUCAAGAUGUACCAGGUGAUCACCGACCGGUGGGGCAUACACAUCAAUUACUUUAUGUACGGUUCCGGGUGCCUCUUGUCGUUCCUGUUGAUUUACGAAUUCCUGCCCGAGACCAAAGGCAAAACGUUCUCGGAGAUCCAAAACGAAAUCAUGAAAUCCAUCAAGUCACCGAAAAACCGACGGAAACCGAGUGUGAGCACCACGGGCGUAUAAACGGCAGUUGUCGCUCGCGUGUUCAUGAUUGCCGUGGACAUUUGUUAUUUAUGAUUUAUUAUUUAAGUUUUCAAACAUUUAUU